GGUUCCCGUAUCAGUCUGCCUCCAGAUUCUCGCACACCAAGGUCGCCCAUCAUAUCGUCCUGACGCAGCAACAUGGCCGCCAACGCUGUCGCCCCCAUCGUCUACCAGCUGCAGGAAGGUCUUCGCAACGUUGACCUGAGGAGCUUGGUCAAUUCGUUUGACCUGAAGGGCUUGGUCAACAAGCUGGACAUCCAGACGGUGGGCCUGGUGGCGCUGGUGGCUGUGGCCGCCGUGUUCCUGUUGGACCUGUUCACCAAGAGCUACACCCCCUUCGGCAGGAGUCUGGUGUCCUCCGCCGCCCAUGCCUGGGAUAAGGCUGACCAGUGGGGCCUCAGCGGUAGUGUCCGUGGAAGCCGUUCCCUGGAGCCCAUGACGAAGGUCCUGGACGCCCUGGCGGAAGCGGUGAAGAAGUGGGAGGCGCAGGAGGAGGGCGUCGUCAGGCAUCGUGCUUCUGGUCUUCACUAAAAAUGAAGAAAUUUUUACAAUGAACUUCAUUGAAUAUGGCUACUACACAUAACGACAAUCAUGACUCUCUGAAAAAAAGUACAAAGUAUGCUUGCAGGCAAGCAACUGACAAUUUCAGAUCUGCAAUCCUUAUAGAUCUUCGAGAUUAGUGUAUUUAUUGAAUAAAUAUUUAUUGUUUA